AUGGAAUGGUAUAAGGCAAUAUACGUUAGAGAUGGGGCGGUAAUCACUAAUCCUGGAUCCAUCGUCCCUCUCCUUGAGCAUCUCCGUUCCAAAGAUGAAAAUUUGUUAGGAAACAAAGGACCCCUGGCUUUUGGUUAUCGUCUCCCCGUCGGAAUCGUGGUUGCUUUUAAUCAUAAACUUCCGGUUGAUGAUCCUCUAAGUGACCUUCAUAGUGUCGGUCCUCACACUUUUGUCUCUAUUACUGGCGGAAUGGCUACUAAAUGCCACAAGUUAAUGCAAGAUCUGCGCGCCAAGUGCAUGCGCUAUGGAAAUGGUGGGGUGCCUGGAGCCUCCGUUAAUCAGGCAGUAGACUCGAUGACCGAGAUACUGAGAAAUCGCCGUGAAGUGGGUCUCAUCGCUGGGUGGGACGAUACUAAGGUAUGCACCGAUGAGAGUAGACUGACAGAAUUGAAAACUAAUGAGAUGAAAUAG